UACUGGAAGCUGCAAAAGCCUUGACACCGACAUCGUGCCUGGAGUAUAGUCUUCUAGGUAUCUUUGAAGGCUCACAGCGUCCAUGAGUCUUCUACCACCGAGUCGCAUCCUAUCCAGCGUCAUUUCUCAUAAUGGCCGUGGCCGUGAUUCUGGUGCGCUCCGAAGACUGGGCAGGAAACGAAUUUGGCUGGCCAACGAUCCAGCUUUCGACAACCGCAACCCCGUGGGAUGAGCUGGAUUUGGGAACACGACUGCGGGCCAUCUCGAGACGAUGGUGCCGUUUACAAAGCAAUCCGGAUGUCUACUCCAACAACCCCUCACCGAUAGCGAACCACUAUACGCUUUCCAAGCCCCUGAUUAUCCCCGACGCCACGCCUAAACGCUCGCAACGACUGUUAGCGCGAUGUGACAUCCCCGAGUCAAAUGACGGGGUGGUUGACCCCGCCCGGACUGGCGAAGAGGCUCGCCAGCGACCUCCUCCUCGAGACAGUGCUGCGCCUGCGCCGACACCAACGCCGACGAGUGCGGGCAAUCGACAGGAACGUCGUAGAGACUCCAUCCUCAAUGACCCGACUAUGGACUACCUGCUCGACUUCUCGUCUGAGGAGGGAUUCUACCAGUUCGCCAAGAAGAAGAAAAAGGCGGCCACCCCCGCCGCUGUGAACUGGGAUGAAAUGAAGAAGGAUGACGUACCCCCAGCCGACGAUGGCGGCGGCAGUGGCGGCGAUCAGAACGGUGGCGAUGCUGGAAAUGCUGGAGGCGACGGUUCCGGCGCCGGCGAUGGUAACGGAGACGAUAAGAAGGAUGACGGCAAGAAGGACGACGACAAGAAAGACGACGACAAGAAGGAUGAUAAGAAGGACGAAGGUGGAGAUCCUCCUCCUGAAGAUGAUUGGACUGCCUCUGUGCCAGUUAGUAGCAAAAAGAAGAAGAAGAACAAGAAGGGGGUUGUUGUUGAGGAGCCGGCCGGACCAACUGUACCUGAAGUUCCCGAAGUUAAGCUCGACGCUUUCGACGAAAUCAAACUCGAUGACACAGCGCCCAAUCUCGACUUGAACUUUGAAACCGGAACCGCAGAUACAAAGACGAGUUCUUUUGGCACAUGGGGAACUAGCUGGAACACCGGGACUACGGGGACUACCAGUACGACAUGGGAUUGGUCAGGGGCUAAAGAUGGAGCUAAGAGCAAGGAGGAAGCAAAAGAGGAUGCCACCAAAGCGACUAAGGACGACGAUUUUGGAUUCUCACUUAGCACCAGCAAAAAGGACAAGAAGAAGAAAGGAAGCAUUUGGGAUCCCGAGCCCGAGCCCGAAAAGACAAAGGAACCCCUCGCUGCGAGCCAAGAUCUAGGGCCGACAAAAGCUGCUGAAGAUGAUCUCUGGGGUGGAGGAUGGGGAGCCCCGACGACAAAAAAGGGCAAGAAGGGUAAGAACGCAGUUGAAGAACUCGCACCAGAUUUACCUGCUGUCCCCGACCCACCUGCUGAGGCCGCCGCACUGGCGGACGACUGGUUCUCAGGGACAUCGAAAAAGGACAAGAAGAAGAAAAUCAGUGCCUUUUCGUGGGGCGAUGAACCAGAGGCCGACCCAGCACCAGAGCCACCGAAAGAGGAGGAGAAGCCGGCUGAAGAUGAUUUCUGGGGCACAAUAGGGACCAAGAAAAAGGGCAAAAAGGGUCAAAUCGCGGCACCAGAACCGGAGCCGGUACCCGAACCAGCCCCAGACCCUCCAGCAGCUGACGACAGUUGGGGCAUCUGGGGCACUGCUGCCAAAGAUAAGAAAAAGAAGGCUGAAGAGCCACCACCCCCUGAACCAGAGCCCGCCAAGUCGGCUGAGGAUGAUAUUUGGGGCCUCAGCACUUCUAAGAGCAAGAAAAAGAAAAAGGGCAAGAACGUCGAUCCAGAACCUGAGCCCAUCGUGGAGGUUGUAAAAGAGCCUGAAGUAAGUCUGUAUUGUGUCUUGCCUCAGCUCCUAUUCUUUUUCACUUCAUUUUCAUGAUUUUCUUCUUUUGCUCUCUUGACUUUUUUCUUUCUUUAUGACAUCCGUCGCAUCACUA